AGACAAAUUCACACUGAACUGGCAGGAAGGAUAGCAUGUAAGGAAUAAAAUGAACCGUAUCUGUUCCACCUGCAAGAUGAUUACAAGGUAGCGGAGAUCACGUGACAAGGUAAAGAUCACGUGACACAUGACUGAGGGGAACUAUGAGGCCAUGCCUCUGAUUGUGAACGAUCCUGGCCAUGCUUCGCUUGCUCUUCAAGCCAUGGACGAGCUCAGGAAGAAACGGUGCUUCUGUGAUGUUCUCAUUGCAGUAGAGGAGUGUGACAUAUCAGCUCACCGACUGGUUCUAGCCGCCAGUAGCUCUUACUUUUACGCCAUGUUCACCAAUGAUCUCCACGAGAGCACCUCUAAAAAAAUAGAAAUCAAGAAUGUAGAUUCCCAGACAAUGCAGAACUUAGUAAACUACGCGUACACUUCUCAGAUAGAAAUAAGGAAAGAUAAUGUACAGGUAUUAUUGACUGCUGCUGGGCUGUUGCAGUUCGACAAGGUCCAGGAGAUCUGCACUGAUUUCAUUAAAAGAGAGCUGACUCCCUCCAAUUGUAUUGGGAUAUACAACUACGCUGACAGAUACGGUUUUGUUGACCUGCUCAGAGCAGCUGACGACUUUGCAAAGAGGAAUUUUGUUGAGAUGUGCUUGUGCGACGAGUUCUUGAGCCUGGAUACGGGAAGGUUACUACAACUGGUAUCCAGCAAUGAACUUAAUGUUCUUGUUGAGUCCAAGGUGUACGAAGGUGUGAUGACAUGGAUCCGGCACAGCCCGGAGGAACGAGCCGAACAUUUACCUGAUCUACUAGCUGCUGUUAGACUACCCCUAAUAUCUUCCAAAUACCUUGUAGACCACAUUGAAAAGGAGGAGCUGAUAGCAGAAAGUGAGAACUGCAGAGUGCUUGUAGAAGCUGCCAAGAACCAUCACAUCCUUCCUGAGCACAGCUCCGGUCUGAACCAGGUGUUACCGCGUCACGCGUACGACAGCGAGGGACUCUACGUGUUCGGGGGCUAUCAUCGUACAGUUCUGCGUACUGGAGAGAUGUACGACGCUAAUACUGAUGUUUGGAGGGAGUUACCGAUGAUGGAAUGUCAGAGGUACGGUCCAGGCAGUGCACGACUAGAAGGUUUACUCUAUGUAGCUGGAGGACACGACUCAUGCUUCCAUCUCGCUUCAGUGGAGUGUUUUAAUCCUCGGUCGAUGGAGUGGACUAAGGCAGCCCCAAUGUUAGACCAGAGAUUUGGGGUAGCCCUGGGUGAACUCAAUGGCUGGUUGUAUGCAGUGGGUGGCAGAGACUCAAAAGAGCGCCACUCCAGUGUUGAGUGCUACGACGCCACAUUAGACUCCUGGAAGUAUGUCAAUAAGAUGAGUUUCCCACGGUCGGGGGUCGGUAUAGGGGUUCUAAAUGGGGCUCUGCACUCAGUAGGGGGUUACGAUGGACACAGCGAUCUAGCGUCAGUUGAGAGGUACGACCCGAGGAUAGGAGAGUGGCACUGUGUUUACCCAAUGACUCACGCCAGGACCUUAUGUGGGGUGGCGGUGCUCAACUCAGCGCUCUAUGUGGUGGGUGGGCGGUGCGGGAACACUAAACUAGCUACCGUAGAAUGCUACGAGCCGCGCACAAACACUUGGUCAUUGGUAGAACCGCUGACUGUGCCCCGCGAUGGACAUGGUUUAGGUGCGCUUAACGGGAGACUUUACGCGGUAGGCGGGAAAACUGACACCACUAAGUUGGAGGUUGUGGAAUGCUAUGAUCCGGUGCUAGACAGUUGGAGCAUGGUCACGCCCAUGUUUGAUAAGAGAAACAUCGUUACUUUAGCUGUUAUCUAGCCUUCCCAUCUGAUAACAUGAGAUUUUGAACAUUUUUAAGAUUUUUAUGAAGUAUUAUGAUUGUUCAGUUAUUCACAGAUCUAGUUCACUUUCAGUCAAACAAACGGAGGCCCGAAGUGGUAUGAUUACAUUCAUCUUGAGUCGAUUAUACUUAUCACUUUGCCGCAUGAAUAAUUUGAGACCAAUUUUAUUAGCUUGCUGUGUUAUAAAUUGAUGAUUCUAAAGUUCUAAGAACAUCAUAGUUCAUCAUUUAUUUAACUGUCUAGAAAUAACGUUUUUUUUUUCAGAUUUAAAACAAUUUGGCUUGAACAGCCUUUAUGAUUUAACCUCAAUUGACCAUCAUAUAUUUCAACAAUUUAUACCUGAUUGAGUAACAUGUGUACUAACAGCUAACCACAUGUUACAAUGUACACAAAACUCUGUUAUAUUUAGGUUAAAUUGUCACUUUUAAAUGUACAGCCCAACUGAACGUAUUGUAUCGUCAUAAUAUUAUAACUGUCAUACCGAUUGUAAAUUACACCUCGAUUUAUUUGAAUUUUAAUCAAACUUAAUCAUACUAUUUUCAACGUACGACUUAUGAUUCUAGACGAUUUGCUCUCUGUGUACUUUUGUAAUAUAAUUUAUCUCUAUUUUACCCGAUUUACCAAGUUACCCAGGUUUCGGUAAAUCGGAGUUUAACAGCAACGACCUCACUUAAUCGAAUUAAUAGCUACUUUAUUGCUAUAUUUAUCAUCAUUAUAAUAUGUUUCAUGCGACGUAACUGAAAACUUAAAUUAAAACGAAAAGUAUCUAAAACAAAUAUUAAACGAUUUGU